UGUGGAGAAGCCUGGAUGUUUCCUGAGUUUCCUCAGCAAUCCUCUGUAGUGUGUUUAACCACCUUCCGCCCGCCCUAUAGUACAAUGACAGGCGCAAAGUGGUUCUCUCGUUCUGAUAGGACGUCAUAUGACGUCCUACCAUUCUCACUGCGCAUGCGCAGCUCAGGGCGAUCCCCGGUGCACUGUAAGUGCCACGUGCCAGUGCCCAUCAGUGCCACAUAAAUGCCACAUAUCAGUGCCUACCAAUGCACAUCAAUGCCACAUAUCAGUGCCCAUCUGAGCUGCCUUUCAAUGUCACCCAUCAGUGCCAGUCAGUGCCACCUAUCAAUGCCAAUCAGUGCCACCUAUCAGUGCUGCCAAUCAGUGCCGCCUACCAGUGCCAGUCAGUGUCGCCUAACAGUGUGCAUCAGUGCCAGUCAGUGCCGCCAUCAGUGCUGCCUAACAGUGCCAGUCAGUGCCGCCUAUCAGUGUCAGUCAGUGCCGCCUUUCAGUGCCAGUCAGUGCCGCCUAUCAGUGCCGCCUAUCAGUACCAUAUAUCAGUGUCAUGUAUCGGUGUCAUGUAUCAGUGCUGCCUUUCAGUGCCCAUCAGUGAUGCCUGUCAAUGCCCAUCAGUGCAAUCUACCAGUGCCUCCUCAUCAGUGUCCAUCAGUGCAGCCUAUCAGUGCCCAUCACUGCAGCCUCAUUAGCACACACAUCAGUGAAGGAGAAAAAUCACAUAUUUACAAAAUUGUAUAACAAAAACUAAGAAAAAACGUUUUUUUUUCAAAAUUUUCAGUGGUUUUUGGUUUGUUUAAGAAAAAAUAA